UUGUCUCUGUUGUCCAAAGACAACGACUUCUGGAGACAGAAAUGGAGUCUCUUAUUAAUUGGUGUGACUCUAAGAAUAAAGACAAGCGAUCGCCAAAUAAACCGGGAAACGAAUUGUCAACUGAAGUGUUAGGCAAACGAAGUAAACAUUCAGAUGAAAAGCCAUCUAAAAAAUUCAAAGAUAAUCACCCGAACAGCUCUAAUAGCGGCAAAUCGCGGCCACAAAAGGCCAAAAACAUACCCAGUAUUAAAAAUACGGAAACCAAUUAUUCAGAGCCUCAACAGAAGGCGGUCUCCAAAGCGAAUGCAAUUCAAAUCAAGAACGAUAUUCCCAACCAAUUCUGGCAUUUCAUUGAACCCUAUUCUUGUGAAAUCACUUCAGAACACAUCAAAUUUUUGAACGAAGAAUUAAAAUCAUAUGAAACGGAUUGUGAGUUCUAUAAGAUCCCAAAUCUUGGUAAACAUUAU